AUGGACAAGGAAGCAGCGCCAUCCCCCUCUCCGGCGCCAUCAGCCGCGCACGACGACGCGCUCGCCAUGGUCGGCGCGCACGCGCACGCCGUGGACCCCGUGCUCGCCGCGCGCGCCGUCCGCAAGAUCGACCUGUACCUGAUGCCGUUCAUGAUUCUCGGGUACGGGCUCGUCUACUACGACAAGGCGAUCCUCGGCUCGGCGGUGCUCUUUGGCAUGACGUCGGACCUCCAGCUCGCCGUCGCGCUGCCCGACGGGGUGCGCAGCGACACGCGGCGGCUCAGCUGGGCGACGUCGCUCUUCUACUUUGGCAUGCUCGCGGGCUUGUACCCGCUGACGUUUGCGCUGCAGCGGUUCGCGCCGGGCCGCGUGCUCGGCGGGGUGGUGGUGGCGUGGGCGCUCGUGUGCAUGCUCACGGCGGCCGUGACGUCGUGGCGCGGGCUGUGCGCGCAGCGCUUCGCGCUCGGCGUCGUCGAGAGCGUCGUGCCGACGGCGUUUAUGACGCUCGUCAGCGGCUACUACACCCAGCCCGAGCAGGGCCUGCGCCAGGGCUGGUGGUUCUCCGCCACCGCGCUCUUCACCGUCGUCGGCGGCGGGCUCAACUACGGCUUCGCGCAGGUGCGCGGCGGCGGGCUCGCCCGCUGGCAGUACAUUUACCUGCUCGCCGGCGCCCUCACCUUCUUGUUCGGCCUCGCGUGCUGGGCCGUCCCGACCUCCCCCGUCGACGCGUGGUUCCUCACGCCGGCGGAGCGCUUCGUCGCCGUGGAGCGGCUGCGCGCCGGGCAGACGGGGGUGCGGUGCGCGCGGUUCAAGCCGGCGCAGGUGCGCGAGGCGCUGCGCGACGUCAAGGUGUGGCUCGUCUUCGUCAUGAUGGCCGCGUGCUACACGAUGAACGGCGCCGUGAGCGGGUUCGGGCCGCUGAUCGUGUCCACGUUUGGCUGGGGCACGCUGCCGUCCAUCCUGCUGCAGUUUCCGCUCGCCGGCAUCAGCUUCGCCAGCAUCCUCGCCGUUGGACAUCUCGGCGGCCGCUUCGCCAACAUGCGCGUCUUCUUGCUCGUCGCCACCUGCCUGCCCGUCAUUGCCGGCUGCGCUCUGAUAUGGCGGUCCGCCUGGACGCACCACGCCGCCGCCCCCGUCGUCGGCUACUCCCUCACCGGCUUCUUUGGCGCCACCGCCAGCCUCAUCAUCACCCUCGGCAUGGCCAACGUCGCCGGCCACACCAAGAAGAGCUUCGUGGCCGCCACCAUCUUUGUCGCCUACUGCGUCGGCAACAUUGUCGGCCCGCAGCUCGUGUGGUCCGAGACAAAGGCCCAGCACUACCCUGCCUUGUGGCUAGGACUGAUUAUUUGUUAUGUCAUUUGCAUCGUGGCAUCGCUGGUGCUGUACUUUGUGCUGCGCCGCGAGAACAAUGCUCGGAAUGCAAUGCCAGUCGACGAGGCCGAGGCCGCCAAGCUCGCAUUCCAGGAUCUCACAGACAAGGAGAAUCCAUACUUCCGAUACGUAUACUAG